AUGGAGACGGAGUCCCGGGCGCAGACAACAAAUCAAACACAAACAGAUUCAUUAUCUCCAUCCCCCAAUCCUGUAUCACCUGUGCCUUUGAAUAACCAAACAAGUGCCCCAAGAUACGGAACCGUGAUCCCUAACCGCAUCUUCGUAGGAGGAAUUGACUUUAAGACAAAUGAAAAUGAUUUAAGAAAAUUUUUUUCCCAAUAUGGGUCUGUAAAAGAAGUGAAGAUUGUUAAUGACAGAGCCGGAGUAUCCAAAGGGUAUGGUUUCAUCACUUUUGAAACUCAAGAAGAUGCACAAAAAAUCUUACAAGAGGCUGAAAAACUUAAUUACAAAGAUAAGAAACUGAACAUUGGUCCAGCAAUAAGAAAACAGCAAAUAGGGAUUCCUCGUUCCAGUAUAAUGCCUGCUGCUGGAACAAUGUAUCUGACCACGUCGACUGGAUACCCUUACACUUACCACAACGGCGUGGCUUACUUCCAUACUCCAGAGGUCACUUCUGUCCCACCGUCUUGGCCUUCACGGUCCAUAUCUAGUUCUCCCGUGAUGGUAGCUCAGCCGGUUUAUCAGCAACCUGCAUAUCACUACCAGGCCCGACACAGUGUUUACCAGGGGCAGUGGCAGUGGGGAGUUCCCCAGUCCCCUGCCUCUUCUGCUCCAUUCUUAUAUCUGCAGCCGUCCGAGGUUAUUUAUCAGCCGGUAGAAAUCGCACAAGAUGGUGGCUGUGUCCCUCCUCCACUGUCUCUGAUGGAAGCUCCCGUCCCAGAGCCGUACUCUGACCAUGGAGUCCAAGCAGCAUACCACCAGGUCUACGCUUCCAGCGCCAUUAUGCCUGCACCUGUGAUGCAGCCUGAGCCAAUUAAAGAACCAAGGUUACAUUCUGUGAGAAGAAGCUUUUCCCAUCCUUCAUCUGUGGCUUUGAAACCUCGAUACUCUCGAAGCCCACAUUUUCAUCCUAGAAAAGAUUUCAGAGCAGAGGAUUCAGUUUCCACUCCACCUUCCUCUACUGACUUUGUUAAGUAG